UACAGUGCAGGCCGGUGGCUGAGGGAAAUCGGCAGAAAAGCCCACCGACAGAAACGGCAAGACGACUCUGGAGGGAGCGACGGUGGGAGAAGCCUGAGGAGAGGGGAAGGGACGCAUAAUGAGAAAAGAAGCCCAUUCCAGCUGUGUUUCUAUAACAAACAGAGCCGUGAGAACUUCUUCACAUUGAAGAAUUUUUCUGCUGCAAGCCAAGGGAACAAACAUUUACUUCUGACAUUUUUGGUCAGUAUUAGUUGUUUAUUUUUCAUCGACCUUCUACUCAAACAAAACUUCGAGUGGCAACUGUUGAUGGUACUGAAAUAGCACCAAGUUCAGUUAGAUAAGAAGUCUUUUUUUGGUCUUUUGUGCAUCAGCAGCCUCUCUACCACUUGUCAGUUGAAGAGUUUCAACCAUGAGUACUGAGAACGUGACUCUGGUGGACAGCUUGUUCUUUGCCCCUCUCUGCGAUGGCUGGACUAAUAACACAGAGGGGGCUAUAUACCAUUUGGGCAACACCAUCUUGUUCCUGGGCUACAUGGGAGGCAGUGGGGCCUACGGGUGCCUCUUCAUCUUUGGCUUCCUGGCCCCCGCCUUUGGGUGCCUGACCCUGUGGGGUUGGAUGACAAUGUGCGGCCUGGACGUCUUCACCUGGAACCUGCUUCUGCUGCUGGUGUGCUUCGCUCAGAUCUGCCACCUCCUUUACCGGCUGCACCAGGAGGGCAUAAGGAGCGAUGAGCUGACCUCCCUCUACCAGGCGGUGUACCUGCCGCUGGGCGUGCCCAUCCAGGUGUUCAAGGAGAUCUCAGGUGCCUUUGAGAACAAGGUGGUGGAGCUGAAAGCAGGGGAGACGUAUGCAGUGGAGGGCAAGACGCCCAUCGACCAGCUCUCCUUUCUGCUGUCUGGGAGGAUCAAUGUGUCUUUGGAGGGCCAGUUCCUGCACUACAUCCACCGCCACCAGUUCCUCGACUCUCCGGAGUGGGAGUCUCUCAGGCCAAACGAAGAGGGAAAGUUUCAGGUGACCCUGACAGCAGAAGAAGACUCCCGCUACAUCUCUUGGCGGCGUCGGCGACUCUACAUGCUUAUAUCAAAGGAACGCUACAUCGCCCGUCUCUUCUCCGUCAUGCUGGGCUAUGACAUCGCUGAGAAGCUCUACAACCUCAACAACAAGCUCUACAUUAAGAGCGGCGUGCUCCUGGACAUUCGCCUUCCCAGCCUCUACCAUGUGCUGGCCCCCUCCUCGCAGGGCAGUGAGGGCGGCAGCGGCAGCGACGGCGGCCCCGCCAAGGAGCAGCAGACUGAACAGCAGGUGGAAGAUGCAGCACCGGCCUACCAGAGGUCCGAUCCAGCCCAGUCUCAGCCCCUCCUGCAGGGACCAAGAAAGACCACUGCGGAUGAACCCCAGGCCCCCCAGCACGACCGCUACCAGCACCCCUGGGCGUCGGACCCGGAGCUGCCCUCUGGUGAGGACUCCACCAGCCUGGUCCUGGAGGACUUUGCUGAUGUGGCGGGCUCCUUAAUGGAUUAUGGCAAUGAGAGGGAUUAUUUGAGGUAGAGGGGCAGGGUGCUGGAGCUAACACACUGGGUCACCACUUAAGCUACAUGAGGCGACAGUGACAGGACCCUGCCACCUCGUUUCCAGAGGGGCAGAGCGCCGCUGGCUCCCACCGACACUCCCAAACUGUGAGAAGAGUCCCUCCUGGAAACACUAUAUCAUUUACAGUAUAGCAGUAUGAAUGUGUCACAUGUCACUUGUUAGGACACUGUCUCCUCGCUCCCUGUCCCUGUUCUCACCUCACUUCAAGUAACAAGACAGCCAAUAUUAGCAAUCAAUAUUGGAGGCUGAUGUUUAUCACCAUAAUCAUUUCACUUGGUCUCUGAGCAGCAGUGAGACUAAUUGCCCUCACAGACAGGCAGACCUGCCGAAUCUAUUCCGAUUGAAUAAACAGAUAAUUUAGCGGAUUGCAUUUGCAAAAUCUAUAAUUUAGCAACUAUGUGAAAAAAUAAAAUGUUUAAAGGACAUUUACAUUGUGUAGUGUGUUUCUGCAGCUGCUAUCAGAGACAAGCAUCUGUCCAGUUACACAUGGACUUACAGAUUCUGUAUCCAACAUUAAUGAAACCAUCAUGUUAAUGGCACUGGAACACUGAGGACAGGGACAGCCUUCACCUCGUUACUUACCAGCACAUUAAAUGUUACGAAAUGUUAUUUCAUGUCAUGUUAUAAGAAUGGAUUCUGUGAUACAGAAACAGAUGAAUUUGUGUUUCAUCUCACUUAUAUUUGAUGUUACAGCUACGAUUGUUUGAUUUGGACUUGACUUCAUGUGAUUUGUUGUGAAAUUUGACUUUAAACUUUUCCCACAAAGACUAAUUGACUUGACCCCGUAAUGUUACUACACGUUCUUCUGGCUGUAACAACUGCUUGAAAUACAAAACCAAUUCUUAAACCAUUCAAAGAUCUGGAAAACAUUUGUAUUUGCAUAUUUUACAGAACUUUCCAAACCAGUGGAUGAGCAACUUGGGUACAAAACUUGCAACCUGGCUGUGUAGAUUUCUUUCAGUUGAACUUUCAUGUGUUGUUGGGCAUGUUUUUGUGGAUUUAUCUGAAUGCACCAGGACUUGGUUCACUGUCAGAAACCUUAGAGGUGAGCUUGUCAUACUGAAUUUCAGAGCAUGAUACCAAAUCCAAGGACAACCACUCACUUCGUUGUUGAUGAUAUUGGAUGCCUGUAAACCACUUUUUUUUUUCAUUUUUGUAAUUAACUUAGUAUUUAAUACACACAUGUAUACUGUGAAUUGUGUUAUUUGUCUGUUCAUUGAUUUCCAAAUAGAGACAUGGGACUAAAAUGAAGAAGUAAAUGUUUUAAAAAAAGUAUUUUCUUGGGGCCAAGAUUUCUCCAUAAAGCUCUUUGUGUGCAGUGAAAA